GUGCUGGCGGGCGCUGCCUCCGGCUGGCCGGCGGCUGCCGCCCCCGCGCCCGCCCCGGCGCCCGCCCCGCCGCUGCCCUUCCCGUUCGACUUCCCGCCCGCGGUGCCGCCCGCGCGCUCGGACGCCCCGGGCGCGGGCGCGCUGGUGGGCGGCGGCGGAGGAGGAGGGGGGAUAGGCGCGCCGCCCUGGGACUUCGGCGACGCCCCCGUCGCGCCCAUCGCCCGACUCGAGUCCUUGGACGAGCUGGACCAGGGCCAGGACUCGGGCAGCGGCAGCUGUUUGAGCUCCGGAGGCCCUGCUUCUCCCGGCCAGGGGCCCAUCAGCAAGACGUCCGACGUUUAGACACAAGCUGCCUCAGUUCUCAGCCACUGCACAAGGAAACACUGACAUUUGUAAAUUUUCAAAAACUUAAACGAACUGCACUAGGUUGUAUUCAGCCUGACAUUUCAAAGGCAAGUCUUUUGGUAUCUAUACUUCACAUUUCAUUAAAUAUUCCUUUUAUUUGCUAUCUAUUUAAAAACACAUUCUGAAUCAUUUAAAAUUUCAAUAAUUUUUAUAUAGUAUGCCUUAAGUCUAUGUUUCUAAUCCUCUUCAUUGAAUCAUAAAUUUUUCUAUUUAUUAUUUCAGCAUCCUUGGAAAUUAAUGUAUGCAUGAAAGAAAAUAAUAGAAGGAGUGUUACAGAAGCAACAUGCUUCU